UUCCAGUAGAACUUGCCAUCAAGCGCCUGGCCAAGAAGAUGGCCUCCGUGAAGAGAGUGUGCCUCCACCUCCAACAUAAGAUAGACUUGCGGUGCUGGUGUGUACUGGCAGUCCUGGCAGUUGUGAUAGUCAGCCACACAGCUGGAUGGUUCACUGUUGUGUUCACAACGGUCAGAGAAACCCCCAACCCUGAACAAGAAAAGUCCCAGUGGAACUCUUCUUUCCUCGCGUCCCAAAUGUCUGGGUACCUCCAGUACGUUUUGAGAACGAGAUCGCAGAAGCAAAAUGCCAUCGUGCACCAAAACAGGGACAAUAUUUCUGUUUCAGAGCGGAGCAGUUACACUUUCAUCAGUGACGACGACGCUGACAGAGACAGGAAUAACUCCACACGCCAACAAGCACGUAUUAGUAAGGACAACGGUGUAGCGACACAAGUUACGCAGUCAGGGGAUUUAUCUGACCAACGACGACAGUUCAGCAACCAAAGUGAUUUACAUACUUCACCAGCUCCUGAAAUAAUCAAUUUCUCACCCCAAAAAGGAUCGAGUAACCACAUCGGGCUUUCUUCUCAGUCAAAACCUCGAAUAAUCGAACAAACUUCCGGAAAUAAUGUUCCAGCUUCUCAGAUAUCAGGCUCUCCAAAUACGGAUUCCUCAGUCCUGAGCCAUUCCGGUCCAGAUUCUCCGAUGCCCAAAGUUUCAGCCACCGAUACUCAAAAUCCAGAUGCUCUUAACAUAAACCCACCAACCCAAACUUCUACGAAAUCGGAAUCUUUUUUCCCGACUCCCCGAGUUCAUAACUCUCCGCACCCGAAUUCUUUCUUACCAAAUCCCCCCGCUCCAGUUCCUCCGGUUCCAGAACCCCCAUUCCUGAAUUCUUCUUUCUCGAAUUUUCCGGUUCCAGACCACCCACUCCUGAAUUCAUCUUCCCCAAAUCCUCCACUUUCAGACUCCAGAUAUUCAAUGUCUUCUGUAACGAGUCCUGCGGUUCCACACUCCCCAACCCCGAAUUCUUCUGCAACGAAUGCCUCGGUUCCACAUUCUUCACACCCGAAUUAUAUUUCUUCAACAAAUCCACCAGUUCCAGACUCCCCAAAUCUCAAUUCUUCCUUUCCUAACUCUUCGGUCUCAGACACUUCAAAACUAAUGAAUUCUUCUGCCUUCAAGCACCAAGUACUCAAUCCUUCCACCACAGGAAAAGAGCGCCCUGUUGGUCUCAGCGGUGUUGAAAAAGGUUCCACAGUUCUUCACGACGACAGUAGUGCCAAAAGUAGACCUGAAACGUACGAUCAAAAACAGUUGAAAACGGAGCCCCUGGGUAAUUUGAACGCCGUGAACAGAAAUGAGCACAAAAACGCUCUUCUAUCUUCCCCCAUGCUCAAUUUACUGCUCUUAAGCAGAUUCUUCCAGACAACUUCUGAAGACACUGAAACGUUUACAGCACCUUCAACGUUGAGGCAACACCCUACAGCAGCUUCCGUUACAGUUUCAGUGUCGUCUGCAGCAAUACAUCAACCUGACGUACACGAGCAGACGAUGACGAUGUAUCGAUCAGGCGUUCAGAAUCAACCUAUAAAACCAUCGGCUGACACACGAAAUACCACUAUCAAUGCAUCCUCUUCCUUUACCGGUAGCAGCGUCCCUAACAACGAGUCAACAGCGCCACCUGCUGACAGAGUUGUCCCCCCUUCCCUCGUCCUGUUCACGACGUGGGUGCGACAGGUGGGGAAGGCAAGUGUCCACGAGAAUGUGCUGAGGAGGUGGAGUCGCUGGAGGCCUCUCAUAACGCCGCUAAUCUUUACCGACGAUCUCACGCUUAAGGAAGAGGCCUUACGUCACGCCUGGGAUCUCGAGUCGCUUCGAGGAGACAGACGUAUUAAAACUGUCCCAGCUUGGCACCCCUAUGACGGACGGGUCCACUGACGGGUUUCUGACCAAUCGGCUCUUUCCCUGGAGUCACGUUCCGGACCUUGUACCAGGAAGGCCAGGUGUGGACAUGUGGCUGGUUGCCUUCGGGCGACACGUGAGGGACGUGGUGGUUGUGGAUGUAUCCCGGACGGUGGUGGCAGUCCACAUGACGACACAGGCCGGCAACUUGGAGGGUUGGAGCUACGCCAACGCUAAGUG